AGUAACAGCCGACUAUAGCGACAUUCAGCUCAGUCAGCCAGCCAAACCAGUCACAUUAGUCACAUGUUGCAUAUUCUCGUUUACGCGCGCUGGUCAUGGCAGCUCAAUACACAUUCGAGACUUUUAUUACUAUCGAGUGAAAAAUAAAAUAAAAAAAUGCAGGAAUUUUUUUAAUUUUUGAAUUUAGAAAUUUAGGAAAUGAUUUUUCUUCGGGGGAAAAAAUAUAAAUAGAACAAAAGAUAAAGAAUGAGAUUAAUACCACUUUUAAAAGAUAGUUAUUAUUUUUUCAAGAGACGUUUUUUUUUGAUAUUAUGGAUCUCAUUAGUGACGUAUAUUUUCUACAAUACAUACAUGUUUUAUUUUAAUGGACGCCAAUUUUAUUAUAUAAGAAGAAUUCUCGGGUUAGGAUUAUGUAUAUCCCGUGGCACGGCAUCAGUUAUCAAUUUAUGUUGCGCUUUGGUAUUACUUCCGCUGUGCAAGAAACUCAACCAAGUACUCUACCGGAUCCUAUCGAAAUUGUGGCCGAAUUUAUUUUUCUUUUGGUUGGAGAGAGCGAAGAGUUUCCACAUGACAGUCGCUGUAACUCUUGUGAUGUUUGCUUUGGUACAUUCAGUUUCUCACUUUGUGAAUUUGUGGAAUUUCUCGAGAAGUUAUGAUGAGAGAAUGAAGGAGAUCAAUUUUGCUAAAUAUAAGAAUGAAAGUCCAUUCUUCUUAUUGCUAAGUCAGCCUGGAUUGACUGGUGUAUCGAUGUUGAUCAUUAUAUUGUUGAUGGGAAUGACCUCUAUGAGAGUAGUACGGAGAAAUAUUUACAACGCGUUCUGGUACACCCAUCAGCUCUACAUGCUGUUUAUAGCUUUACUAAUAGUUCAUCCCCUAAGUGGUGUGUUAAAAGAAGAAAUAUUAGAUGAUGUCGAAUCUAGUCCUAUUACUAGUCAUGAAGAAGGCUGGAGCAAUAGCUCGUCAAUAGAUACUCAUAAGUUUAUUUCAAUCAGAUCAAAGACUUGGACAUGGAUGGCGUUUCCGCUCGGAUGCUUUUUGAUCGAUCUAGUUUGGAGGAUAUCGUCACGAAACCGUGCAAGAGUGCAUAUUCUAGAAGUAACUCACAUGCCGGGACGGACUCUAAGCUUGACAUUGAGCUGUCCACACAGUCAGUUCAUGUGUAGGAUGGGACAGUACAUUUUGCUUCAGUGUUUGGAUAUAUCACUUUUAGAGUGGCAUCCCUUUACUGUUGUGAAGGUACCCACAUCUAAUUCAAGAAAUUUCGUUGUAUGGGUCCGAGUCAAAGGUGAUUGGACGGAACAUUUAGAGAGGCUAUUAUUGGAAAAUGGCGCUAAUAGAUUAAGUUUUCUAGUGGAUGGUGCGUUCUCAAGCCCGAUGGAGGGCGCAGCCGCCGACGAAGUGGCGCUGUGCGUGGCCGCCGGUGUUGGCAUCACACCAUUUGUAUCACUGUUGCAUCACAUGUUACUGAAGCCAAGAACCAAAUUACCGGGCAGAAUACAUUUGUUAUGGAUUGUUCGAACUGAGGAAGAAAUUACAUGGCUCGCUGAUUUAGCAAAUGACACUAUAUUGCAACUGAGAGACGCUAACCGACCUGACAGAUUACAUAUAGAAUUUUAUGUAACAGGCACAAAAGGAAAUGAUAUCAAAGCAUUUAAAGGUAAAGAAGAAUGUUCUGCAACUCAUAUGGUAGUUAUUAAUGAAAAAGGCAAAAUAACUCAUGCAUUAUCUAAUAAUGAGAAAAGUAUGACGGAUGACGAAAAAGCAAGUCUUCUAACACCAAAUAGAAGAAGACAUGCUUGUACUGAUGAUGAAAAACGGAAUAAUUUAAACCAUAUGAAAUACUAUGAAAUCGCAAAAGAAUAUCCUUUAUUGGGAUGCAGAUUGAAAAGAGGUAGACCACAUUGGGAUCGCGUAUUUGGAUAUUGGGUGCAUUUAUAUCCCCACAAACGACUGAAUUUAUAUUGUUGUGGGACAAAAAAAUUAGUGAAAUCAUUGAAAAAUAAAUGUAAAUAUAUUACUAGUAAUACAAAAACCAAAAUCACGAUAGUUCAUGAAAGAUUUUCUUAAUAAAUAAAUGUAUUUGUAUUCUUUUUAUUACAAUACAGUGUGUUGAUUGAA